AUGACGCACCGGGUGGGAUGCGCCAUUGCUAUCACCCCCGCUAAAAUCCCCAAUCCCCGCGCCCCCGCGCCCCAAUCCAUCUCUCACCCCCGCGCCCCCGCGCCUCCGCCGCCGCCCCCGCGCCCAUCCCCUCAGUCAUCUCCCACGCUGUUCGAUCUUCUGGCCUCUUCGGCAGCCAUCCCCGCUGACCUCCGCGGCCCGCAACCAUGGCGACCGUCAUGCAAAAGAUCAAGGACAUCGAGGACGAGCAAAGCAGAGCAAACCCCAGACACCUUGGAUGCAGCCAUUGUUGCAAAGUUGCGAGCAGCUGCAGGAUUGGCCAACUUGGAGACAAAGAAAUACAAACUUGCUGCCUGUAAGUUUCUUGAGACAGGACCUGAACUAGGAAGCAACUACUCUGAAGUCAUAGCUCCGCAAGAUGUAGCUGUCUAUGGUGCCCUUUGUGCACUUGCUUCUUUCGAUCAUUUAGAACUGAAGAGCAAAGUUAUUGACAACAUAAACUUCCGUAACUUUCUUGAGCUAGUGCCUGAAGUAAGGGAGCUGGUCAAUGAUUUUUAUGCAAAUCGCUAUGGGUCAUGCUUGGAGCAUCUUGAGAAGCUAAAGCCAAAUCUCCUUCUGGAUAUUCAUCUGCGUGAGCAUCUGGAGACUCUGUACAAUGAUAUCCGCCACAAAGCUAUCGUACAGUACACGAUUCCGUUCAUAUCUGUGGAUCUCAACACAAUGGCUAGUGCCUUCAAGAGCUCGGUGUCCAUGCUGGAGAAAGAACUGGCUGCGCUGAUCACCGAGAACAAAAUACAGGCUCGGAUAGACUUCCACAACAAGAUCCUGUGUGCAAGGCAUGCUGACCAAAGAAACGCAACCUUCCUGCAGGCUCGCUCGUUGUUUGUUGUCUCAUUUGUCUCUCGCUAUAGAAGAAAUAUAAGAGUGUUUAUAUAGUACCCUGUUCUAGCAUUAUUGAUGAAUUGUAUUCGGAGACUGAUAUGAUGAAUUGUAUUCGGAGACUAAUAUGAUGAAUUGUAUUCCGAGACUAA